AAUGGCAUUAAGAAACAGAUUGUUUUAGGCGUUCAAUACCGUACACAGGUAUAUUAAGUAAAAAUUCAUAGAAUUUUUAAUGUUGAGGCUAAAUUCUUACCAUACACUUGCACAACUAGAAAUGAAGCCUUAGUCCAGAAUCACACUAAACAUUAAUCCUACUUACAGUAUUUUAUUUUUUAAGGCAUAGCUUUGCCAAAAAAGAUCAGAAUCUCUAAAAUAUCACUCGAUCUACAUUAGAUGAAUUCUAAAAAAUGGAAUUUAAUGUUAUUACAAACUUUUAGAGAAAUGGACUAAGUAUUAUUGCAUAUAUUAUUAUAGAUAAUACAUAUGUGGAUCCACAUUAAAUCAUUUAUUAGCUUGAUAGAAUUGAAGUCUUAAGAAAAUUAAAGUAUUUUUUAUUAUCAACUUCUAGAGUCUUAGAAUAAAAUGCAGGAGCAUUUCCGAAAGAUGAAGCUGAAUGCUUAAAAUUAAUAGCCAAAGUCCACCUAGAAGAACCAAAGUAAAAAAUUUGUUACAUUUUAGUGCAUAAGCUAAUUUGGAUAAAUUUAUAGAAGCUAAUCCAUAAUGUAGAAGAUUAUUAUCCCUUGGAUAAAUUUGAGC